CCUUUCAUUAAGGAUUUUAGUGAUAAAAAGCCAAUUUUAGCCCUCAUUAGUGAGUAUAAGGCAGAGGUUGUCGAAGAAGUGGUCACCGAAGAGAAUGAAGACGAGAUUAUUGAGGAACCCAAUUCUGUUCGACAAACUGUUAUAAAGGAAUCUCAGAUAAAUACUGACGAAAAUGAGAUAAAAUCAACUGAAGUUAAAGAAGUGGUUUCAAAACCUGAAGAUUCGCAUAAAAGUGUGGAUUUGAGUAAAGAAAGUGCUAAUAAAGCUGUCAAAGAAAAUGCAAUGUCUGUUACGAGCCAUACUCCCCAUCAGAAACGACAAGCGCCGAAACCCCCGCCAAUGAAUUCCAUUAUUGAGACCAAUAAUUAUAAUGAAUCCAAUGUUACGAAUGAGACAAGUGUUGAAAAAGUGAUUGAAAAACCAAUUGAAGAGCAAAUUAAAGACAAUGAGAUUAAUGUGGAACCAAAUGUUGAAAUUAUUGGAACUGAUAGAACAGAAACGACUGAAACUAAUCAAAACGAAGAGUCAUUAAUUAGUGGCUAUGAAGUGACUGUAUCUUCAAAUCACAGCACAAUCAUUAAGACGUUAGAAGAUUCUAAUCCCGAUAUGUCUCACGUCUCGAUUGUUACCAUCGAUAACAACGGCAGAGAUGUUAUGAUACAAACGACUAAUGACGAGACGUCUUCCGAGUCUGAUGUGACGAAUUCAGUGAAUUCUUAUAUGAAUGGUUCCAACGAUGAGGUAGUGAUCGUUCGCAACCCCACUAGUGAUAAAAUUGUGGUCACCACUGAAUACAUGCCAUCAAACGAUGAGAAUGUGUUUCAAAACGAGACCAAAAUGGUUAAGAAGGAACCAGAAACUACUGAUUUGACUUCGAGUCACAACUUAUGCCAUUCCGAGACCGACGACACGCUCUCAGUCCACACCUCUUCCUCUGACAACAGUGCAAAUGCAAGCGAUAAUAAGCCAAGAAUUAAAGUCAACUUGAAUUUAGUUUCCGAAACAGAACCGGAACUCUAUUCCGACGCUUUAGCCGAAGUUCCAAAAGCUUCAAAAGAAAGCGCUGAAGUGUCUCAAACACGUGUGGAUCAGGUGCCCACUCAUCACGAUUCCAACACUACUAAAGUCAGUUCAUCCGCAAACACCAACUUAGCCAAUGGUGGCGCUCCAGCCAUCAAAACCAAUGCAUCGGCUCUGAAACGAGAACUUUCCAAUUCUGAUAGUUUUUUCAGUGUUAGCAGUGAUAAAGAAAAUUCGGUUACGAAUGACAAUCAAAAUAAUGGCUCCAAUCCUGUGGUCGUAAGGAAACGACGCGAAAAGGACAUGUAUAUAAAGAAGAGUAAUAAUACCCAAAAUUCUGCACAAAAGAAGACAUUAACGAGAACUCGAAAAUUUAUGAUCGAUGGGGUUGUGGUCACCACUACUACCAGUAAAGUUAUUUAUGGAGAUUCCGACAAAUUGCGCGAUGAUCACGUCUUAAGAAAACAAGAGUUGAGAGAAUUAAAAAUGCUUCAAAAGCAAGAGAACAAACAGUUUCAAGACUUAUCAUUCAAAGCACAGUUUGGUAUUGAACAGCAGGAGAAGCGCUUUGAAGUGGAGAUGAUUGCUAUGAAACGCAAUUACGACAACGAUUUGGACGCUCUUAACAGACAACAGAAACAAUUAGUCGAAAAAGCAGAACAACAACAGGAAAUGGAUUUGAAGUUUGCGUCAAAGAAGAUCAGAACAGAGCAGGAGAGAGACCUCAAACAGUUUCGCGAGAGUAUGAAAAACGAGACCAAACUUUUGAAACAAGAAGUGGAUCUAAUGCCUAAAGAUAAGCGCAAAGACAUGCUUCGCGUCCGCAAAGAGAAGUUAGACAUGGAUCAGAACGAAAGGGAACGCAUUUUCGUGGAAAGUCUUAACGACAGUCACGACAUGUCUCUGAAGAGACUGAGUGAAAGCCAUAGAGACAAACUCGCACUUCUUGAGAGACAGUUCCUGCAACAGAAACAACAGGUCCAGAGGGCCAGAGAAGCGGCCAUUUGGGAACUCGAAGAACGACAUCUACACGAGAAGCAUCAGCUCUCGAAACGACAACUUAAAGACUCAUUUUUUCUACAGAGACAUCAAAUGCUCGUCAGACACGAAAAGGAAUUAGAACAAGUGAAGAGAAUGAAUGCAUUACAAGAGGACGAACUCCUCAAACGACAAGCCAUUGAAAGACGACAUCUGCCAAAACGGAUUCGCUCGGAGAUGAAGACCAGGGAAUUAAUGUUUAGAGAGAGUCUACGCAUAAGUAUGGCUAACAUACCGAUGAGCACCUCUUCGGACGAAGAGCGCAAUAAAUUGAAACACUUUCAGGAAAGUGAGAAAAAGCGAUACAAAGCGGAACAAUUGAGACAAGAGCUCAAACACAACAAGCAAUUGGAGGAAUUGCGAGCGUUCUGUGAGUCGACAAUCAGAGACUUGGAGCAGAUCCAGAAUGAGAAGCGCAAGUCACUGAUGGAACACGAGACCGUCAAACUCAAACUCAUGGACGAUCAGCACAACCAAGAGUUUAGGGAAUGGAAGGCACACCUCAAGCCUAGGAAACAGAGAAUAGAAGAGGAGUUUAUGCGUCAGCGCGAAGAACAGGAACGCUUCUAUGGCUCGAACAUGUCAUACCUGAAUGAGUUGGCUCUGGCCUCCAGUGCGGACCACUCGUCGCAUAUUCGCCAUCAAAGUGCCAGCGGUUCGAGUUCUUGCUCUCCCGUCAGUACUCCCGGCUCUCCCGGCAAUGAGAUGUCAUCGCAACAGACAUUUCAUUGAGUCAUAACUUAAAUGAAUCAAAAUAUUCCUUAUUUUACAUUCGAGUAAUCAAUUCAUACAUACAUUCAUCCGAUGUUUGCUUUACUACUAGUCCUGUCAUCGAAACAGAAUUGUUUUCAACAAUCAUUUAUCCUAUAAAUGAUUGCAAUAUUAAUGCAAAACAAACUACUUAUGCAUUUGUCUUGUAAUUAUAAAUUAUAUUUAAUUUUGAGACUGAAUUAAUGCCAAAUGUUUGUACAGAAUGUAAGACUAUAUAUAAAUCUACAAAAUUGGGUUUUAUAACGAUUUCUUAAAAAGAGCCUAAAGUGUGGUCUUUUGCUUACCUCUUGUGUCAGUUGAGGGUUUAAAUGGUAUCGCAAUUAAGUGCCUAUAAUUAACUUAUUUUUACUAUUAUUUAAAUAUUUAAUAAAUUAUUUCAAUAUUUGUUCGCAAAACAAUUUUUAUUCCAAUCAUUUAUAUAUCAAUAAUAAAAAGCAUUUAUUAAAAAUGAAUGAA